AUUAUAACAUUUUAAAACAUUUUAGAAUAUUGAAUGCGAAUUUAUUGCUUUUACGAACGUAGUGAACAAUUUAUUUUAUUUCAAUUAAUACGAAUUGCUAUUAUAAAAUUUUAUUUGACAUUUUUUCAAUGUUGUCAAAUGUCCUGAUUCACUUUUUGUAUUGUACUUUCUUAGCGUUUACGUGUCACGCUGUGAGACCUGGUGAAGGAUCAUGGUCCUCCAUUAUGGACAAUGACAAUUUUGUACAAUAUUGUGUCGGCAGCCUAUUUAAAGGCACUGAAAUAUCAAUUAAAAUCAGUUGUAGCGAUUUGUACAAUGUCUCUGUCGGUUGGAUCCUGACAGAACCUCAGUGUUGGAAUGAUUACUUAAACCUUGGCCCCGGACUCAUAAAACAACUCCAAAUAGAAGAUAUUAAUAAUGACGUUAAUACCAAUAAUACAUACAUGAACCAUGUGAAUUCUGGAGAAAAAAUAUACUCGUGUGCCAGUGGAGUAGAUUUGGAUGAUUUAUCGUUGUAUGAAACUAAUAAAACUAAUAAUAAAGCACUACAAAGAUCCAAUCAUCGAGUUUAUACAGUAUUAACAGAUGGAGUGUACUUACUAACAGCAACAGUUAAACAAGAUAACAGAUAUGUUCAAAGUGAUGACAAAUUUACUGCCAAUAUAGAAAUUUCAAUGAAAGGACCACAUGGCUAUUUAUCAGCUACAAAUUGGCCAUUGUUACAUUUUUACGGCUUCAUGUGUUUCGUUUACAUAUUUUUUGGUAUAACCUGGCUGGUUUUAUUAUUUAUGCAAUGGAGGGAUUUGCUUCAAAUACAGUUUUGGAUUGGAGCUGUCAUUCUUCUAGGAAUGGUUGAAAAAGCUGCCUUUUAUGCUGAAUAUCAUGAAUUGAACCUUACUGGACAUUUAGAUAAUAUUUAUGGAGUAAUGACCAUGGCUGAAGUGAUUUCUUGUUUAAAAAGAACACUUGCGCGGACUUUGGUUAUCAUAGUAAGCUUAGGGUUUGGUAUUGUCAAGCCCAGAUUAGGUCCAUUGUUACCAAAGGUUUUAGGAGUCAGUUCUUUAUAUCUAGCAAUGUCAUUAAUGGAAUCCUAUUUUCGAUUGUCAAGUAAUAUGAGUGCAGAGAUUUUAUUAGUUGAAUUGCCAUUAGCUGCUUUAGAUUCUGGAAUUGUCUGUUGGAUAUUUGCUGCCCUAACUCAGACAACUAGGGCCUUAAGACUUCGCAGGAAUGCAGUUAAACUCCAAUUAUAUACACAUUUUACCAAUGUUCUUGGUUUCACCGUUGUGACCUCAACUUUGUUCAUGUUGUAUUCUAUAAAAACACAACGAUUGUCAGAUUGUGGUGGUAAUUGGAAGGAACAAUGGCUAGACGAUGCAUUUUGGCAUAUUGAGUUUUCUAUAAUUUUACUAGUGAUUAUGAUACUCUGGAGACCAACUAAUAACAAUCAAAGAUAUGCAUUUACUCCAUUGUUAGAUGCUCCAGAUGAUGAUAGAGACGAAACCGAAUUAUUUAUUAAAGAUACUUUUAAUGGAGAUGUUAAGAUGAGAACCACUACAAAUACCAACCACAAUAAUUCUAAUGUGACACCAUACAAAGACUAUCCCGCUUCAAAUAGUAGCACUAAAAGUCAAACACAACUUGAUGAUGAUUUAAAAUGGGUUGAAGAAAACAUACCAGGUUCAUUGUAUGAAACUACUGUACCAAUUUUGGAUUAUAGUGAGGAUGAUCAUAAUACUGCCAUUGAGCGGUCAAAACUACAAUAAACACUUUAAAUUUAAGCUUAUAAACAAUGCUGUAGUCCAUCACCAUAAAUUAAACCAAGUAAAAAUGUUAUUAUUAUGUAUUACUAUUUACUUGUAAUUUGUUUUUAUUUAUUUUAAUUUAACUAGUAUUUUGUUAUUUGUCACAACAAUAUUGUGUACAUAUUUUAAUAUCUUUUCCGUAUUCCUUUAUUAUUUAUGUUGUUUUAAUUUUAGUCAUAAAAAACAAUGAAU